AAAAAGAAAAAAAAAAGUUAUUGUAAUGAACCUAGGUGGUUUACUGACAAAAUAUGUGUAAAGCUAUUGCAUGACAUAUAACCUUUUAGUGAAAGGGGUAGCAUAUAUAUAAAGAAUAGCUUUGAGACACGUUUGCAGAUUCUCGAGGCGGCAAGCUGCACGUGCGGUUUAUGAUUUUGUUAGCUAGACCAGAUGAUGCAUGAUAAAUGAAUUGAAGUUUGAACUUGUUUGUCCAUCAUUAAGUUAUAAAGAAUUUACGGGACUAUAUUUGAACAUAUGUUAGUAUAAUAUAUCUAUCAAAAAACCGAGAUAACUGAGUUAUUAAGUUAUAUUAGAGUUAUCCCGCUUGAUGCGUACAUGCGUGAUAUUUUAUUUUCGUAUACAUUGGUUAUAGAUGGUGCAGCCUACUGUCUUACGGAAGAGACAUUCAUUGAAAGGGUUGAAGCUCUUACCUGUCAUUAAGAAGGUCAGAGGAGGAAGACCAGAGGGUCUGAAAGAAUUUGCGCGCAUGUCUAAGGAAAAAAAGACAGACGUCUUAGAGUUGGAAGAGAUAGAGAAUAUAGUCAACUCAUUGACAGGGGAAAACAUGAUUGAGCUGUUGGAACUAGCUGGAAGAGAUAUUGAUGUUAACGAGGCAAGAUGGUUAUUGCAUUGCUUGAUAAUUUUUGCAAAUGAAGUGGGGCAACCAAGAGGCCAGGCAUUAGAUGAUUCAACGGACCCUAGCACUAGUGCAUCCACAGGGGGAAGCAGUACACCAGUACUUUUAGAAACUGCAGGACCUUCAAAAAAAAGGAAGCAUGAUGUUGAUACAACCUUGGAGCAGAGGAUUUUGUCUUUGGAGAAAACGUCAAAGGGGGAGAUGGUCCAGGAGCUUAAAGAGAAGGUGAGGACACUAUGCCUACAGGAUGAUCCAAGCAAUGCUUUAAUCCUGCUGACUCUUGAUGAACUUGCUAAAGCGGCUAGGAAAUUAAACCAUGAGGAGGCUGACAUGUUUGAAGAGUUGUACAGGCAAGCCAACAGAUAUCAGUCAAAACUUCAAAUUUCUAAUCUGUGUUUGUCUGUGUUAGGUGGGAAAGUAGCAGAUGCAAUUUCGAAAGCAAUUUCUAAGUGUUUGAAAGAUAAACCUGAAACCAAAGCUGAGAGUAAGAAUGAAUAUGUUGAAACACAAAAGCGACCAGAGUCCCCGUUGAAUGGUUUAUAUCCUUGUCAACCUUCUUUGUAUCCUAUGAUGCCCGGCAUGUAUCCCAAUAUGUUCAAUAUGGGGGGUAUAAUGGAUAUGGAAACCAAGGUUAUCGAGGGGGUAGACAAGGCUAUAGGCCUUAUCGUCCUAAGGGUCCUUGCCAUUUUUGCAACAGCAAUAUGCAUUUGAUAAAAGAUUGUGAGAAAAUGAAGUUGGCUAAAGGAAAUAAGUAGAUGAGAUCAUAAUGUUCAUAUUUUUGU